AUGGCACAGGAGAUUGCCGAGAGCUCUGCUGUCAGCCACAAGCGCUGCGCAUCCACAGAGUUUUCAGCAAGACGCGUUGAUCCAGAUGCAGUUCCAACUCUUCCUCGAGUGCAAUCCCAAUCGGUCCUCAUGGAUUUUGCAUCCUUGACAGGGGACAACUUAGGCAGCCGGUCUUGUGUUGAAGUCGAGAAGUCCGAGAAGUGUGCUUCAGAGACAAGCAGGCAUGUAAGACUUCAAGUGCCCGUUGAUCAAGAAGACCACCGGUUCUUUCGGAUUCAAAGCAUCCGGUCAGCACCGGCGAGUUUCGUGUACUUCAACGGUGCAGAGCGGAAGCGUCUUGUCAUGCAGCGGAGUGAGUAUCUGGAGUCGAACAUGGGCCCACCAGAUGUGCAACAUCACGACUUUCAAUCCCUCGCAAUUUGGACGAGGGCAGACGACCUUGGCAUCAGAAUAAGCGGUGCUGAUGCCAAGCUGCCAAGUUCCGACUCUGCAGACGAUAUCAUGGUCGUUCAGGAAUACAGCGGCUUCAUCCGCCACUUCAUGAUCUUCCCCAGCAGCCCAGCCAAGCUGGCCUGGGAUAUUGCAGGAGCUGGCCUGAUUGUACAUGACCUUUUCACAAUCUCCAUGCAGGUGUUCGAGCCUCCAGACACCGACGUGUCUGCGUUCAUGCAGUGGUUCAUCCUGAUUUACUGGACCAUCAACAUGCUGGUGUCCUGCUUGGUCGGGUACAUUGACAAGGGCAUAUUUGUGAUGGUCCCCCACAAGGUCGUGUUACACUACGUCAAAACUUGGCUCCUGAUUGACCUGAUAGUGGUUGGUUCAGACUGGGCCUUCACGCUUUCGACAUCUUCCGAUGGCUCGACGGGGUCCUCGGCUGAAAGCUCUGUGAAGCUUCUUCGAAGUCUUCGCCUGUUCCGGAUGGUGCGACUUGUCCGAAUCUUUCGCCUGCGGAAAACAAUGGAGAGCAUCAGUGAUUUGGUGGACUCUGAGUAUAUCAGCAUUGUUGUCAGCAUCUUCAAGAUGCUCGCGCUGCUCCUGAUGGUCAAUCAUGUCAUCGCUUGCUUCUGGUUUUGGAUCGGUGACCUCCAUGGUGGUGGUGGAUGGAUUGAGGCACACCAGCUCAAUGAUGCAGCCUGGGACUACCAGUAUGCCACAAGCUUACACUGGGCAAUUACUCAGUUCACGCCAGCUUCGAUGCAUGUGCAGCCCCACACUAUGUCAGAGCGCAUGUUCGCCAUUGGCACCGUGGUGUUUGCACUCGUUGGCUUCUCCUACGUAGUGGGCAGCAUCUCGGGUUCGUUGGCGCAACUGCGAGGCAUGACGGAAAAUCGAGCGCGACAGUUCUGGGAGCUCCGGCGCUUUUUGCGGAAGAACCACGUCUCCAUCAUUUUGUCUGCGCGGAUUCAGAAGUAUGCCGAGCAUGUGCUCGAAUGUCAGGAGGACAACGUGCCAGCCAAAGAUGUAAAAUUGUUGACCUUGCUCUCGGAGCAGCUCCGUAGUGAGCUCGAAUGUGAGAUUUGCAUGCCACACUUUUCGGUGCACCCUUUGUUCGCAAGACUUUGUGUUGUUUCUCGCGUGACAAUUCACCGAUUGGCCAACGACGCUAUCUGCAACAAACUCUUGGCCAGAACAGACACCCUUUUCAUUCCCGGGGAGACUGCAACCCACAUGUACAUCGUCGUGGCAGGAAGGCUCGUCUACAGUCGGUUCGACUCCAAGAACGACGAGCAUAAGGAGCUCGUAGACAAAGGUGAGGACUGGAUCUCAGAGCCGGUGUUGUGGACGUCGACGUGGCUUCAUUUGGGUUUGCUGACAGCUCUGACGGAGUGCGACCUUAUGGUGUUAGACCCGGUUCAAUUCGGCCGGAUCGUGAAUCUGAACCCCGAUGCCAACAUGCUGGCGACCACCUACGCCAAGAAUUUCAUCCUGUGGAUCAACUCUGUGGAGAGGGACAGUCUAUCCGACAUCUGGCAGGGUGAGAAUGUGUCUCCGCGGGUGGCGGGUUUCAUGGAGUUGGAUGAGACGCAUAUCAGAAAUGCCAAGAGCUUGGCCGCAAAGCUCAUGAACUGGCAGGUAUGA